GGAAGUUUAAUCUUAAUGAUAGAGCUUCGGAAGAAGAUUCUAACCUUUAGAGAUACCAUUGAUCUUCCUCCUUGUGAUGGUUCAAGCCCCAUCCAUGAGUUGGUCAAGGGAACUGUAGAGGAUCUCCACAAUCUAUACCCAAAUAUUGUUCCCUACGACAGGGCACUAGAAUUGGAAGAGAUUUCAUUACAUGAGGGUUUAGCUUUACUUUACAAUGCACUAAAAUCCAUAGGAGAUUCAUGGGUUAAGAAUCAAAAAUGGAUAAGCACUAUGGGGAAUGAUGCACAAGACUGCCUGGACGACAUGACCAGUUUGGAGCAACUUGGGGGAAGAGUUCUGUCAAAGCUUAAGCACAUGACUCACAUUGCGAAACGAAUAUUCGACGUUAUGGAUGAAGACGAGAAGAACAACGAGGAUAGGAUUCAGGCCCCCACAAUCGGAGAUGUAUUGACUAAAUCCUAUUCAGACAACAAGCUCAUGACCUGCCCUUCACCAGACACUCCAACUUCAGCACCACCGGAGCUGAGUUCUUUUGGUAUGGAACUAGGCGAAAUCGCCGAUGUUUCUUAUUCAAGAUCACUUCUCUUGCCUUUUAGACUUAAGGCACUGGAGAACUUGAAGUCCAUGGGAAUGAAGCACCUCUUCUCAUUUGACAUGUCUCCUCCUUUACUCACUCAAGAUUCCAAUCCCUUGGAGGGAACAAAAAGGAAAGUUGAUCAAUACAUUGCUGAAGAAAUGCCGGUUAGAUCAAGUCACGAGGAGAUAAAAGACUCCAAAGCUAAAAGAAUUUGUCCAAACUUGACCUCAAGUUCAAUGUCAUCACCAAUAUCAACCCCGCCUCCGCCUCCACCGCCACCACCAGCGUCCCUGUCUAAUUCUCUAAAUGUGACUGCCAUAGUCCUGCCUCCACCUCCACCGCCACCACCUGCAUCACUGUCUAAUUCUCUAAGUGUGACUGCCGCAGCCCCUCCUCCACCGCCCGUUCCGCCUCGUAAUGUAUCAGCAGCACCACUGACACUACCUCCCAUGCCUCCGACAAAGGGAGGCGCGCCACCUCCUCCUCCUCCACUGGGUGCUGCUAAAGCCUUGCGCUCCAAGAAAGCAACUACCAAAUUGAAAAGAUCAUCCCACAUGGGAAACUUGUAUAGAGCUCUCAAAGGAAAAGUGGAAGGCUCUAGUUUAAAUGGAAAGCAAGUGAAAGGGAGCAAAUCUAAUAUAGGAGGAGGAUCUGCUGGAGGAAAGCAAGGAAUGGCUGAAGCUCUAGCUGAAAUGACUAAGAGAUCUGCUUAUUUCCAACAGAUUGAAGAAGACGUUCAGAAGCAUUCCAAAUCCAUCUUGGAGAUAAAGGCUGCUCUCAACUCCUUCAAAACAAAGGAUAUGUCUGAGCUUGUCAAGUUCCAUAAAUAUGUGGAACAACAUUUAGAGAAACUUAGUGAUGAGACCCAGGUGCUCGCAAGGUUUGAAGGUUUUCCAACUAAGAAGCUGGAAACAUUGAGAACUGCAUCAGCUUUGUACUUAAAAUUGGAAGAAACGUUUAAUAACCUCCAAAACUGGAAAGUAGUUCCUCCUUUAGGCCAGCUUCUUGAUAAGGUCGAUUCCUUCUUCAACAAGAUCAAAGGGGAAAUAGAUGCAUUGGAAAGAAGCAAAGAUGAAGAAUCCAAGCGGUUCGAAAGCCACAAUAUCACUUUCGACUUCAACAUUUUGGUUCGGAUUAAAGAAUCCAUGGUUGAUGUUUCUUCUAGCUGCAUGGAAUUGGCACUUGAGGAAAGGAGAAAGGCAAAAGCGACAACAAAUGAAGAAAAUAUGGGGUGGUCUAAUGAAGGGCAAGCAAAGGCGCACACAAAAAUGCUUUGGAGGGCUUUUCAGCUUGCGUUUCGUGUGUAUAGCUUUGCCGGUGGACAAGAUGAUCGAGCUGAUAAGUUGACCAAAGAAUUAGCCCUUGAGAUAGAGACCGAUCCUCAACAUGAGUGA